AGAGAGAGAGAGAGAGAGAGAUGGGGCUAGGGAAGGUGACAGACUCUGCUAGAGAGACAUUGCUGGAAGAUCUGAUAAAGAGGGCAGGUGGGUGCGCUGUGAUCGACGGAGGUUUUGCUACCCAGCUUGAGAAGCACGGUGCAGCCAUUAACGACCCUCUCUGGAGCGCUCUUUGCCUUAUCAAGAACCCCGAACUUGUCCAACGGGUUCACUUUGAAUACCUUGAGGCCGGUGCAGAUAUAUUGUUGACUUCCUCCUAUCAGGCAACAAUUCCAGGAUUUUUGUCCAGGGGACUAUCGAUUGAAGAAGCAGAAAUGCUGCUUCGAAAGAGUGUCAUAUUGACUCUGGAAGCCCGUGAUGAAUUUUGGGCUGUUGCACAAAAUAUCCCUGAUCGCAGUUAUAACCGGGCUUUGGUUGCUGCGUCUCUCGGAAGCUACGGGGCUUAUCUUGCUGAUGGUUCAGAGUACAGUGGGAAUUAUGGACCUGAGAUCAGCUUGGACAAGUUGAAAGAUUUCCAUAGGCGUCGAUUGCAAGUUCUUGUGGAGGCGGGUCCAGACUUGCUUGCGUUUGAGACCAUACCCAAUAAACUUGAAGCUCAGGCCUGUGUUGAGCUACUUGAUGAAGAAAAAGUCCAAAUUCCAUCUUGGAUCUGCUUCAGCUCUGUGGAUGGUGAGCAUGCUCCCUCUGGGGAAAGCUUUAAGGAGUGCCUUGAUAUGAUAAAUAGCAGUGACAAAGUGAAUGCAGUUGGGAUAAAUUGUGCACCUCCCCAGUUCAUGGAAGGCCUAAUUUGCAAGUUUAAAAAGUUUACUGAAAAACCAAUAGUUGUUUAUCCCAAUAGUGGGGAGGUGUGGGAUGGCAGAGCUAAGAGAUGGCUGCCUUCCAAGUGUUUUGACGAUGACAAGUUCAAAUUGUUUGCAACAAGAUGGCGCGAUUCAGGAGCCAAACUCAUUGGAGGAUGUUGUAGGACAACACCUUCCACCAUUAGAGCCAUCUCAAAGGUCCUCAAAGGAAGAUCUUGACAGUUGUUAACUUUUCUUGACAUGGUACUUU